AUGGAAAGCGCAGUUCAAGAUUCUCACCGUGACGGCGAACAAGUUUCUGCCGAGCCCACCGUGGAAGCGGCUCGGGAGAUUUUGUCUCAGUUAGAGCUUUCUCAGGGAGUUGAUGGUGAAGAGAUCGAGUACGAGGAAAACGAGGACGAUGAUGAAGACGAGGAAGACGAGGAAGACGAGGAAGAAUUUUCGUUCGUUUGCCCCGGAGACGACGCCGCCCAGAUUGCCGCCGAGGACGCGUUCUUCAACGGCCAGAUCCGCCCAGUUUACCCGCUGUUCAACAGAGAUCUCCUACUGGGGGCCAGCGAUUUUGAGGGCCUGGACGAGAAGCCGCCGGUGGGGAAUGUUUUCGUCGAGACGGGCGAGGUGACGUCAUCGGGAAACGACGACGCCGACGCGGAAGGGCUAUCCUGCGAGUGGUCGGGGAAGGCGGUGGCGGCGGCCGGACCGGACGGUUGCAAGAAGAGCAACUCGACCGGGUUUUCCAAGUUCUGGAGAUUCCGAGAUCUUCUCCACCGGAGCAACAGCGACGGGAGAGACGCGUUCGUGUUCCUGAACAAUCCGGCGCCGUCGACGAGCGCCGCCGGGAAGACAGAAGAGAAAUCCUCACAGAAAAAACACACCGGCAAGGCUAAAGUCAACGGCGACACCGCCGGAGAACAGAAGAAGAAGAAAAGUAAGAAACAACUGUCGGCUCACGAGCGUUACAUGAAAAGCAAGGCGAAAGACGAAGAUCGCCGGCGGUCGUACCUACCUUACCGGCCGGAGUUGGUCGGGUUCUUCACCAACGUCAAAGGUGGUUUAACUAGAAACGUACACCCGUUCUAA